AUGGUGAAAAUAUUCGUGGGGAACCUGUCGCCCGAGACCACCUCGGACGAACUGCGGUCGCUCUUCUCCCAAUACGGCAAGAUCGCCGAGUGCUCCAUUCUGAAGAGCUUCGGAUUCGUGCACAUGGACAGCAAGGCCGAGGCGGAGGAGGCCAUCCGCAACCUCCAUCAGUACCAGCUGAACGGCCAGGCCAUGAACGUGGAGCUGAGCCGAGGCAAGACCAAGGGCUCCACCAAGCUCCACGUGGGCAACAUCGCCUGCACCAACCAGGAGCUGCGAGCCAAAUUCGAAGAGUACGGCUCUGUGGUGGAGUGCGACAUAGUUAAAAACUAUGCCUUUGUUCACAUGGAACGCAUGGAGGAUGCCAUGGAGGCCAUUCAUCAGUUAGACAACACGGCUUUUAAAGCGGGUCCCAAAAUGGCAACGGGCGCGAACGCAACUCCUCUGGGCAAGUUGCACCCCAGCAUUGGGGCUAAAAGAGGCUUCGACGCAGGGCCGGGCGCCGGCAACGGCAUGAUGCCGACCGCGGCGCCUCCGGCGUCCUUUCCGCCCGUACAAGUGUUCCAACCCCCGAUCGCCACCCAGGCUUUUGCGCAGACGCACCAAUUCACCCCGCCGAGUGGGUUUUCACCCCAACAACCGCCCUGCGGUCAAGAUUUCAACCAGAAGAAACAAAGAAAAAAGAGCCGUUGGAGUAGUGAAACACCCGACCAAAAGACUGUCAUCCCGGGUAUGCCCACCGUCAUCCCGGCCGGGCUGACCCGCGACCAAGAAAGAGCCUACAUAGUCCAACUGCAGAUCGAAGACCUGACACGUAAACUGCGUACAGGAGACCUGGGAAUCCCUGUUAACCCUGAGGACAGGUCUCCCUCGCCGGAGCCCAUUUACAACAGCGAGGGCAAAAGGCUGAACACUCGCGAGUAUCGCACGCGCAAGAAGAUCGAAGAGGAGCGGCACGCCCUCAUCACAGAAAUGGUCGGACUCAACCCGGAUUUCAAGCCACCUGCCGAUUACAAACCUCCAGCCACCAGAGUGAACGACAAAGUGAUGAUUCCGCAAGACGAAUAUCCCGAGAUCAACUUUGUCGGUCUUCUGAUCGGACCGCGCGGGAACACCUUGAAGAACAUCGAGAAAGAAUGCUGCGCCAAAAUCAUGAUCCGCGGCAAAGGUUCGGUGAAGGAGGGCAAAGUGGGCAGGAAGGACGGACAGAUGCUGCCCGGCGAAGACGAACCUCUCCACGCUUUGGUCACGGCAAACACCAUGGAGAACGUCAAGAAAGCAGUGGAGCAGAUUCGUAACAUCCUGAAGCAAGGUAUCGAGACUCCCGAGGACCAGAACGAUCUGCGCAAGAUGCAGCUAAGAGAGCUCGCCAGGCUUAAUGGAACGUUGCGGGAAGAUGACAACAGGAUCCUUCGUCCUUGGCAGAACACCGAGCCCCGCAGCAUCACCAACACCACCCUGUGUACUAAGUGCGGCGGAGCGGGCCACAUCUCCUCUGACUGCAAGUAUACCAGUACUUUUGCCGCCCAAAGAGCAGCGGGCGGCGAGCCCCCACAGUCAGCGCAGGACAAGGCUCGAAUGGACAAGGAGUACCUGUCGCUCAUGGCCGAGCUGGGUGAAGCCCCGAUUCCGGGACCGGGCGCGCCACACUCCGGCGCGCCGGGAGGACCCCCUCGGCCUUCUGCGCCGAGCAACCAAGUGCCGCCGAACCGGCCUCCCUGGAUGGCCUCAGGCGCCAACGACAACAGGAACUUCCACGCCAUGCACGCAGGCGCCCCUCACAACUUCCCACCUCCGAUGCCCGGUAUGGGUGGGCCUCCUAUGCCCCCGAACCCCAAUGGCAUGCCUCCACCGUGGAUGCAGCCGCCGCCUCCCCCGAUGGGUCAGGGUCCAGGACCUCAUGGUCACCCCAUGGGAAUGAUGCCACCCCCGAUGGGCAUGAUGCCACCUCCGCCGCCACCUCCCAACAGUCAGCCGCCUCCGCCCCCUUCGGGUCCCCUGCCGCCAUGGCAACAGCCGGCACCGCCUCCUCCUCCGACGAGCAGCAUGGCGACGAGCACGCCGCUGCCCUGGCAACAAAAUACCCCCACCACAUCCAGCCCGGGGACCGGAAGUCUCCCUCCGUGGCAACAGCAGCCCGCGGUAUCGGCGCCCCAACCCCCACCGCCCAUGGGCGCCCCGUCCAUGGUCCCGCCUCCCCCUGGAGUCCAGCCGCCGCUGCCACCAGGAGCUCCUCCUCCUCCCCCGCCGCCGCCCCCCGGCUCAGCCAACAUGAUGUACGCCCCUCCGCCGCCCCCGCCGCCGAUGGACCCUUCCAACUAUGUCAUGAUGGGGAUGGGGGUGCCCGGCAUGCCGCCAUUUGGCAUGCCCCCAGCACCCCCGCCCCCUCCGCCCCAGAAUUAA